GUGACGAAAAGCGAGCAUUUGGAAAAGGCUGAGUGAAUAACUUGAACUGACAACAUCAAAUUAAUUAAAAAUUGAAAUAAAAAUAAUAACAAAACACAAAUGACAUAUGCUUCAUAACACGUUGCCUGUUUACAGAAGAUUAUUAAAAAGUUCCCUCUGGAUGUCCAUCUUCUGUUUUAGACAAGCGUGCAAAUUUUCGCAAGGAAUACUGCUGAAUCGGAGGAUACCCGGGACAAUGAAUCAACUCGACCGAAUCAUCUCCAAUAAUAAUGCCGCCGAAGAAUUACUCAAGUCGUUGAAAGAGGAAUGCGAAGUCUUAAAGCAAGCCAAAGCAGCUCAGCGCGUUGAACAGCUGAAAAUUGAAAACAAUGUCUUGAGACAGCAGGUAGAUGCCGCCCUCAAACGGCUGAUCGAACUCGAGGUGAAAAACGGGAAAGCUCAGAUUGCAGUGCCGGGUCAAACAACCGUAGAUGUGAGUCCUGUGGUUGUGGAAACUGAGGCUAGCCAGGAGGUUGAGGUACCAAAACCAGUUGAAGGGAAAUCACAGAAAGAGAAGAAACAAAAGAAGGAAAAACCAGUCGCUGAAGCAAAGCCCGCAGCCGGAGCAGCUGAAGAGCCUCCUGUAGACGUUGGACGCUUGGACAUGAGAGUUGGUAAAAUUGUUGAUGUGUCACGCCACCCGGAUGCGGAUAGUUUAUAUCUGGAGAAAAUCGACUGCGGUGAGGCUGCACCGAGGACCGUAAUUUCUGGUCUUGUGAAACACGUACCCAUAGAUGAGAUGCAAAACCGUAUGGUCGUAGUACUCUGCAACCUCAAACCCGCUAAGAUGCGUGGGAUCCUGUCGGAGGCGAUGGUCAUGUGUGCUUCCUCGCCGGAGAAGGUCGAGAUUUUGGCUCCACCAGAGGGAGCUGUACCCGGGGAUUUAGUUCACGUGGAGGGAUAUCCUCGGGUACCCGAUGCGGUGAUGAAUCCGAAAAAGAAGAUUUUUGAGACGGUUGCUCCUGACUUACACACCAACGAACAGUUGGUCGCAUGUUACAAGGAGGGCGCUUUUGUGGUUCCCGGCAAGGGACAAGUCUUGUCGCAGACUUUGAAGAAUGUUAAUGUAAAAUGAAAUUUCACACGUCCUCUUUGAAAACUCAUGAUGCUUGUGUGAAUAAUGCGAUGUUCUUUCGUUCGAUUUUUGGCAAUAUAAUACAUUUAUAGAAAAUCGCU